UUGGCCGCCAAUUCAGCAGCAGCACACGCUUCCCCCUCCUCCUUCCUCAUCAGCAAGCUAGCCUCGCUCUUGGGUUGGGCGAACUCCGGCCACCAGCUUCGCUUCGAGAUGGCGUCCAGGGCGGCCGUCGUGGUCCUGCUGCUCUCGGCGUUCGCGGCGGCGGCGGCGUCGGCGCAGCUGGACGAGAAGUUCUACAGCCAGUCGUGCCCCAGCGUGGAGGACGUCGUCCGGAAGGAGAUGGUGCGCGCGCUCUCCGCCGCACCCAGCCUCGCCGGGCCGCUCCUCCGCAUGCACUUCCACGACUGCUUCGUCAGGGGGUGCGACGGCUCGGUGCUCCUGGACUCCACCGCGAACACCACGGCGGAGAAGGACGCGAAGCCGAACCUGACGCUGCGCGGCUUCGGCUUCAUCGAGAGGGUCAAGGCCGCCGUGGAGAAGGCGUGCCCGGACACCGUCUCCUGCGCCGACGUGCUGGCACUCAUGGCCAGGGACGCCGUGUGGCUGGUGAGCACUCGCCACACUGUUCCAAGCUUACAAUGCGUGUAUUCUUCUCCAAGUAGAAAUUCUCAACACAAGUUCGCUGAUUCUUUCACGUACCACGCGCAGAGCAAGGGCCCAUUCUGGGCGGUGCCCCUCGGCCGGCGCGACGGCAGGGUGUCCAUCUCCAACGAGACCGACCAGCUUCCGCCUCCCACGGGCAACUUCACGGAGCUGACCCAGAUCUUCGCGACCAAGAACCUCGACGCCAAGGACCUCGUCGUCCUCUCCGCCGGCCACACCCUCGGCACCUCCCACUGCUUCUCCUUCUCGGACCGGCUCUACAACUUCACUGGCAUGGACAACGCCCACGACACCGACCCGACGCUGGACCCCAUGUACAUGGCGCGCCUCCGCGGCAAGUGCCCGAGCCUCGACGACAACACGACGCUGGUGGAGAUGGACCCCGGCAGCUUCAAGACCUUCGACCUGAGCUACUUCGGCCACGUGGCCAAGCGCAGGGGCCUCUUCCACUCCGACGGCGCGCUGCUCACCGACCCCUUCACCCGCGCCUACGUGCUCCGCCACGCCACCGGCGCCUACAGGGAGGAGUUCUUCGCCGACUUCGCCGCGUCCAUGGUCAAGAUGGGCUCCGUCGAGGUGCUCACCGGCAGCCAGGGCGAGAUCAGGAAGAAGUGCAGCGUCGUGAAUUAAUUGAACUGACUGACUGACCAGAAAGCAGAGAUCGAUUGCCAGCCAGCCAGUAUGAUGGGUUCAGGCUUUUGGUUUGAGAGAUGCAUGUACAAGUUUUUACCUCCGUUCUUUUCCAAUCCUUUUUUUACUGUGUAUCGAUUGAUUAUUUCGUUACAGCCAUCCAUGUAUGUAAUCUCCCUCCUCUUCAGGAUCAGGAUCUGGUGACAAUACAAUAAACCUUUUUGAGUUGUCCA